AUGAGCACGGGGCCAGUCAUGAUGAACGCUGGGCAACAGCUGCAGCCUUCCCCAACGUCGGCCCUGGGUGCGCUGGGUAGUCCGCCCCUGCAGCACGGUGCGCCUCCCGCCCACACGCCGCCCCUCGCGCCCGCCGGUGGCCAGCUGCAGGGUCCACGCACACCGCCGCCGCCACUGGCGUCGCUCCCUUCUACCGCUGCUGUCGCUGCCAGCUCGGCUUCCCCCGCCUCCGUGCUUCCCAAGCUCGAGGAGCUCCUCUUCCAGGUGAACUCGCUGCGCUCAGGGUGUGGUCACAUUUUCCAGACGUUCCAGGACGUCGCCCGUGCUCCUGAUGGCGGACAACUGAGCAAGGCGGUGAGCAACCACGUGCGGAAUGUCGUGCGCUCCCUCAAGCGCGUCACCGAGUUGGGCAAAGAGCUCCAGCCGUACCUGGUGCCCCUCAACUCGUCCGCCGAUGGCCCGGAUACCUCGUCCACCAGGUCGAGCGUCUUCACCGAAGAGCCACUGAUGUCGAUACAGGGCGCCAUCGAAGCGGAGGCCAAGUGGCGCGAGAUCAUCCAAAAGCGAGGCCACACCGCGAAAAGAGUGUUUGAGGAGCAGGUCCGCCUCAAGUUUCCGCUCCUUGCCGACGACGCUCCGAACAAACGACGAAGGCUGGAGAUUGCCGAUCCGCACGCUCUCGCUAUUCGAGCCGCCCUUAAUGGCGAUUCCACACAGGAGCAGCGCCUGUUGGCCGAGGUGGGGCGCGGGCGGGUACUCGAAAUCAGCCCCCUGCACCAGGAGGGAUCCCUGGUGGGGAUCACGGUCGUGCGGGAUGGGGUGUUCCGGGCUCGAGUGUUGUUUAGGCUCCAUGCACCCCGGCAUGCCAUGCCCGACGGACCUCAGUCGGAUCGAGCGACAGACGGCGAAGGCAAUCUAAUGGCGGAUCACAUAGUGGUGUGUGGCAUUGAAGAGGAUCUCCCCAGCGACACCGCGAGCUUCAUUUCGGUCCACAGCGGGCAAAGAGCGUUCCAAGCGAUUACGGCGAACGCGGUGCUGGCGGCCCAGCACUACGCCAAGCGAGCCCUGCAAACAUCCGCUCCGCCAGCGUCGCCAGUGCGCAAGCUGCUUCGAUGGCUGGAGAGCUUCGGGUCAGUCUUUGGCGAGGCCUGCCGCGGGUGCAAGAGAUACCUGUACAACGACUCGGAGCACCUUCUCUUCCUGCCGCCCACCUGGCGCACGCUGGACAAGCAACUGCCCUACCACCCGCAGUGUCUCUCAGCCUUCCCCCACCAAUAA